AUGAAGACACAUGAAAUUUUAACGGUUCCAACAGAUAAUAAUGAUGAUGGAAGAGAAAUAACAUCAAACAUCGAUUAUCAAAGAUCAGGGUCAUUACGGGACGUUGAUCUGGAAAAUUUUAAAAACGAAAUGCUUCAAAUAGUUAGACAAGAAAUUCAGCAAAAUUUGAAACAAGAUGUAGCACAGAAUAGUGAACAAGCUUCUAAUGCAAAUGUCCUAGAAAAUUUUAAAAAUGAAAUGAUUCAAGUAGUUAAACAAGAGAUGGAAACUUUAAGACAAGACGCAGCACAUGAUAGUGGACAAGAAUAUGAUCAAGUGAGCGGAACUCAGCAAAUUCCACCAAUCAUAUUGCUUAUUGCAAAUACAACAGUUACGAAGUGCCGAGUAACUAAUUUUGGGAAUCAUAAAGGAAAUAUGCCUUGA